UUCCAAGGUCAAGGCUACUCAAGAAAACGUGAACUUCUGAAAACUGAACAAAACGACUAGAAACAAUGUCAUUCAUAUAUGUCAGCCCAGAGAGCCAUUUUCCUAUUCAGAAUUUACCUUAUGGGAUAUUUUCUACAGAUGCCAAUCCAAGACACAGAAUAGGUGUUGCCAUUGGUGACCAGAUAUUAGAUUUGAGUGUAGUGAAGAGUUUGUUUACUGGAGCUGUACUACAGAAUCAACAGGAUGUGUUUGAUCAGCCUACAUUGAAUGGAUUUAUGGGAUUAGGUCGAGUAGCUUGGAAGGAAGCAAGGGCAACGUUACAGAAAAUAUUAUCCUCCAACGAGCCUCUCCUGAAAGACAAUGCUGACCUUAGAUCAAGAGCUUUUGUUGAUCAAGGUCAGGCAACAAUGCAUCUUCCUGCUAAUAUAGGUGAUUAUACCGAUUUUUACUCCUCAAAGAACCAUGCAUAUAAUGUUGGUGUUAUGUUCAGAGGACCAGAAAAUGCACUGAUGCCAAACUGGACACAUUUACCAGUAGGCUACCAUGGUAGAGCUUCAUCAGUUGUUGUAUCAGGAACACCAAUUAGGCGACCUAAUGGACAAACCAGAGCUGAUGAAAGUCAGCCUCCAUCGUUUGGUAAAUGUAAAUUACUAGACAUAGAAUUAGAGAUGGCCUUUUUCACAGGACCAGCCACAAAGUUAGGAGAACCAAUACCUAUAGAUAAAGCAGAGGACCAUAUAUUUGGCAUGGUGUUGAUGAAUGAUUGGAGUGCCAGAGAUAUACAAAAAUGGGAGUAUGUACCAUUAGGGCCAUUCCUUGGUAAAAAUUUCGGUACCACGAUAUCCCCGUGGGUCGUUACAAUGGAUGCAUUGAAACCGUUUUCUGUACCUAACCCGAAACAAGAUCCUAAACCUCUGCCUUAUCUCCAUCAUGAAGAUCCAUAUUGUUUUGAUAUUCAGCUUGAAGUAGCAUUGAACUGUGAUGGAUUGAGUAAACCGUCCACAAUUUGUAAAAGUAACUUUAAGUACAUGUAUUGGACCAUGAAGCAACAGUUAGCACAUCACACAGUGACUGGAUGUAAUAUAAAUCCAGGAGAUCUCCUGGCCUCAGGCACUAUCAGUGGAGAGACAGAAGACUCUUACGGCAGUUUGUUAGAAUUAUGCUGGAAAGGAACCAAACCUAUAAAACUGGAUAAUGAUAUCACCAGGAAAUUCUUACAGGAUGGUGAUGAAGUCAUUAUGACAGGUUAUUGUGAGAAGGAUGGAUGCAGAGUAGGGUUUGGUACAUGUACAGGGAAGAUAUUGCCAGCAUUAGAUCUCUCAUAAACUCUCUAGUCUUAAUCUAAGCAGCAUUUAAUGUUAAGAGGAAGUAUAUGAAGGGUUAAAAUGUUAUUGUAUUUUAGUGUUUAAGAUACUGUGGAUUCAUUUAUUUUCGUUGGUACCAAUUUUCGUUGAUUAGAAACACAUAUUCAGGGAUAUUUAAUUUUGUGGUUUUGCCGAAGUACGCAUACAAGUCUAUAGAAAAUUUGUCAUUUGUUAAACAUUAAAUUUCGUGUUUCACCUAUAUACCAAAGAAAUCCACAAAAAAUGGUAUCCAACGAAUAAUAAUGAAUCCAUAGUUUAUAAGAAUGUGAAGAUAGGAACAAAGAUUUUAAAUUGGUUCAUAAUUACCGUAUAUUCAAGCUGUUAUGAAUUUAAAACACAUAUUGGUAUUAAAGUGUCUUGGUGGAGGUUCAGAAUGACAUUUUCAUUUGUCUAGAAGCCAUUGCAUAGUGAUAUUACUAAUGUGUCAGUAAACAUGGUAAAUUUAAACUUUUUCCUGUUUUUUUGUUUUUAAUCAUUUUGACACCUCAUUUUUUGUAUAAUUUUGUAAUGCUAAACUGUUGGAAUAAUUGUAGUCUUCCUCGCUACGGCAAAGUUGAAUUUGGACUCUAGUAGUAGUUAUUGAACAUGAUGCCAAACAGCUAUGAUAAUUGAUGUUUAUCAGUCUUAUGAUCAUGGUAAACACCAUAAUAUUGAUCAAAAUUAAAAAAAGAGUCAUCAAAACAUUUUCUUAUUUACAUCUCAGGCCAAGGGGAAUUUAUUUAAUAAAUACUUUUGUACUGAUAAAUAAAUCAUGUUUAUAAUUGAUUUCAAAAUCA